UCAGAAGGAUGCCAUCUACCGACAGAUGCUCGAGUACAAACGCGAAAAGGGCACGUUGGAAACGCGACUCGACGAGAUUGAGAAGCGAUCCACUCACCAUGAUGACCAUAUCCGAGUAAUUGAUAACUGGUGGUUGCAGGUACGCCUGGCUCCCCGAGGCCCUCUGAGUUGGCAAUUACGGCGGCGUGCUAACCCCUAAUGACAGUUCCUCCAGGAGAUCGUCGUGAUGGUGGAUGGAGUAGUUCCUUUUCAAUCUGGAUCUAACGGUAAAGACCGCCACAUCGAUACUUCGGCUCGCAAUCCGCUAACGCGCUCCUUAGACAAGGCAUUUCCUACCCAGACUCAGUUCAAGGAUCUGCAGGAUCUCGAGUCUCACCUGAGCGAAAAGGCUUCGUCUAUCAAGAAAAUCGUCGAGACAAUACUAGGCCGUCUAAAUAGCACCCGCGGCCAGGUCGCGCCCGAUAUCGCCAACCUAGAGAAACAAGUUAACGCUCUCCUCGCUCAGCAGAAAGACUUUCUCGUCAAGUUCGACCGCCUAGCCUCGGACAAAGACGCCCUCUCGGACCAGCUCAAUACAGCGACGCUUCGAUACAUGAAAGCUGAGAGAAGACUGGACCGGGUCAGGAGUGCCCAAGUCCAGAAGCUUGAGCAGCAAGCCCUAAACAAUACGGCUUCGCGGCCCGUCGCUGGCGCUGAUCAGGAGAAUGGCAUGGUGAUCGAUGAAGGCAACGCGAACAACGAGGCUCUACAACUCGCUCUCCGCGAGGCGAACGCCGUCGUGGAGCGGCAGAAGCAACAAUUAGAGACCGUAUUAACGCAAAAUAAGAGCAUACAGGAAGAACUCACUUCGCUGCAGACCCGAUUCACAAACCUGACCGAUGAAGAUUACGCCCGCACAGAAAUAUUCAAGCUUUUUAAAAGUAAGACGGAGGAGCUUAUCAAGAAGAUCAACAGCUUGGAGGCGGAUAACAAAAGUCUCCGAGCGACGGCCGAGAAGUUGGAGGCUGAGCGCGAAUCUAAUCGUCGCAAGGUUGAGAGUGAGGCCCAAGCGCUAAUUGCGGAACUGGAGGACCAGCUUCAACAAGCAGAUACCACGCUUGUGCGAGUGCGAUCUACGCGAGAUGAACUUCACGCCGAUGUCACGAUGCUUCGGGCAAGCAAAGAGCAGGAGAAGGCGGCUUUGGAACACAUGAAAGAACUCGUGAGCGCCAACGAAGAUAGAAUCACCGCUCUAGAAUCCGAACUCCGGCGACUACAGCCUAGCGAGGAUGUAGAUAUGACGCACCGGCCGGAGGUGGACGGUUUAUCCUUCGAGGAACUGCGCGAUAAGUACAAGAAGCUGGCCAAGGACUACGAUUCGAUCGAGAGCGAAUUGCCCGGCAUGACGAACGCGGUGAAGAAAUUUCAAGCUCUGGCCCACAAGAAAGUGAUGGAUCAAGCUGCCAUGGAAGAGCGUAUAGCCCUGGCCAUCGCCGAAAAGAGCAAGGCGGAUCAGAAGUACUUCGCCGCGCGCAAGGACGGCGAUUCGAAGGGUGAGACGAUUCAGAAGCUACGAGCCCAGAAUAACAAAAGCUCCGAAAUCAUCAUGCAACUGAAAGAGGUCGAAGCCCAUAAUCGGACGCUCGUCACCAACUUAGACAAGCAACUGGCCGAUUUGAGGCAAACGAACAUCUCGGUUAUGGCAGAGAACAAGAAACUCGAGAUGUCGAGUCACGAGAUGAUACGGCGCAUAGAUGCCCUAAAGCAGCAGGUUACCGAGCUGUCGAACCUAGCGAAGGCCAAAGAUUCAACCACGGCCGCAGCUCGGGAGCGCGCUAGCACGCUAGAAGUCGACGUAGAGAAGCUCAAGGCACGACUUGAGGUGGCAUCGAAGGACCGCGACAAGUGGAAGACUAAGUGCCUAAGCAACUCUUCCGAGGAAGAGGAAAUGCUGAGGAGCAUGGCGACGUGUUCGAUUUGCAAGAAAGACUUCAAGAACACGGUCUUGCGGACGUGCGGGCACAUAUUUUGCCGAGGGUGUGUUGACGAUAGAAUCCAAAACCGAAUGCGCAAAUGUCCGGCAUGCAGCAAGGCUUUCGACAAAUCAGACGCCAUGACGGUCCAUCUCUAAGACGCCUCACGAAGGGGAGAGAAACCUCGAUUUAGACUAAUGGUUGACGCGUGUAAAGUACUAUGAGGACGAGGUGUAAGAGUGAUGUACAUACUACUGAUGGAUUCACGGACGAGUCGAGUUCCCUACCGAGAGCUGGGAAUGGCAUGGCAAAAGGGGCCCUCGAAGGUCUCGGGAAUGCUGCC